UAUGUGCGUUACUUUGGGGUAUAUGAUAUGAUGACAGUUUGAAAUGAGAAUGGGAUGUACUCUCUAUUCACCGUUUAUUAUGGAGUAUUUUACCUGCUCAUAAUGGAUAUAUAUGUUACAAACAUUAUUAGCUUUCGGACUUCACCAUAACAGUCCCUCCGCUUUGUUUAUCCACGGAGUUAUAAGGAUUAUCACUAAAUCAAAGUACAGAUACUUUAGAAAUCUAUUUCUAGUAUAUUUAUUUUUAUGAAAGUGAGCGUCUCAAAUGUCCUGGGUUCCCGAGUACUCUAAGUUAUGAUACUGUUUAUUUGCAUUACGUUGUCAUUCACGCUUAUGGGCUACAUUUUCUGCAUGAUAUUGAGCAAAUAUACGGUAAAUAGAAUAAUUCAGCCUACAGUAAAAACGCCUGUCUUCAGCAAGGAGUAUUUAAGGCCACGAAAGCAUGCAAAUGAGUCAACAGAUGCUUACUUUGAUCACACAAAAAUCACAAUUGGGAGUAGAUCUAAUGCAGCUUUACAAUCGAUAUUCGACUUAUUAAUAAAAGAGUACAUUGAAUUCUGGUACAGGCCGUUCACUUCUAACCAAGAUUUUAUGAUACAGUUGAAAAUGUUUUUACAAUAUGCUUGUGCUGUAAUUGUUCAACGAAUCAAACGUAUUGAUAUUUCGGAUUUUAUUGUAAACCGGUUUAUACCACAUUUCUUCGACCAUAUUGUACAUAUUUUAUCACUUACCUGUUCAGAUAAGUUAAAUAGUACCGGUGUUGGUGACAAAGAAAGCCAAACUACAUUAAAUGAAAAUCAUUUACAUAAAAGUUCAUUAACAUCUUGUUCCGAAGAAGCUAUUCUAUGUGCUUUCGGUGAUCGAUUACAUGCAGCGUUGUAUUCAAGACAAGCUGAAGUAAUGUAUUUACGUGCAUUGGUCAAUCGUCUAUUACCAAUUGUCGGUAUGCCACCUAGUCUUUCUACAUCAGAAAUGCAUAAAUCAAAAGAACCUUCUGUUGAUUGCAGUCAUCGUCUACGACGUAAUCGACAUGUAUACAAUUCUCCAGGACAUACAUACGGUGGUAGUUCAGAGCGUGGACAUAAUUCACCUGUUGUAUCACGGAGUGCAUCAACUGGUGCAUUAUUUAUACAGAAAUUUAUGGAACUUGGUUGUAAUCCAUCAUUGUCUAGUUUUUUAAUAGAAAUUGUAUCCACUUGUGUUUUAUUGCCUGCUAUGGACACAUUAGCUAAUUCUGAUUUUAUCAAUCAUUUAAUUCUAUUAUCAUUUCCCGAGUGUACUAAACCUACUGAAUCAGCGGUAAGAAGUGAUUGUGAAAAUGUUCCAAUUCUUGAAGCAUAUAUACAUGAUUGGGAGAAAUGGUUACAGAAAAAGCAAUCCUCCUUAUUACAUAUUGACAAACUGUUAAAUCAUCAAGAUGAACUGUAUCCAUUUAUGCAAUAUAUGAAAUCAGUCAAAUCUAUUGAACCUUUAACAGUGUUGCUGUUAAUGUAUCAAAUUAAUUCACGUGUUGCAAAAUUUAUGCUAUCAUCAGAUGAUUGUCAUGAAAUCAGUGCACAAUUACAACAUAUUUUAAGUAUAUUAAAACAUCAACUCUACUCCUCUACUACUACUACUACUAGUAAUAAUAAUAGUAGUAAUAAUCAUAGUCAUAGUAAUCAUAAUGAACAGAAGAACAACACUGAAAAGGAGGAGAAUGACCACUUGGUCGAUGAUACUACUACUGAUGCAGAUGGUCAUCAUCAUCAUCAACGUCAUUAUUCUAUGCAACCCAUGUCGAAACUUGAGCCAUCUCAUCAACAACAACAUCUGUCUACAACAAACACUAAAGAUUUACAAUAUUUUUUCAAUAUAUCCAAGGAAUUUGAAGUAUUAAUAAGAAAUUGUUUAGAACAACAGUGUACUACACCAGAAACGAUUAUAAAACUUGUCAAUACUACACAAUGGAAAAAAACUUAUCAAUCUGUUUGUCAAACAGUUGAAUUACGAUUUAUACCAAUGUAUUUAGAAAGUCCAGAAUACAUUAACUAUACAUUUGGUUUUACACGUAGUCCAACUCCGUCCAUAUCAACAUCAUUACAUAAAAUUGGAGUAUCUCCGAAACGUGAUAUUCGACGAGUAGCAGCACAAAGUACAGGAACAAGUCAACAACAGCAGCAACAAACUGGUCUAUUCGGAAAUGCAUUGAGCAAUGUUUUUAGCAGUCAAUCUAAUGAUACGCAGUCUGUUGGCAAUAUGGAUCCCACCAAACUUUCAAUACGUCGUAAUCAAAAAGAUCGUUUCAAUGAACCAACAAAUCGAUCAAAUCGACCGCCUAAUACAAACAGUACUACUACUACUACUAAUACUAAUAAUAGUAGUACGAUGAAUGACGAUUUCAUUACUAAUCAACAUGUUAUCGGUAUUAAACAUUUACCAGAAACAAUGAAACAAUUUAAUCUUUCUGAAUGUCGUGUUUAUAUACGUGGUUUAUCACGUCCUGAAAUUGUCUCGUCAUUGUCAUCACCAGCAUCGUCAGCAGCAGCAGUAGCAUCAGCCGCAUCGAAUACUCGUUAUCCAUACAUCUCAUCGACUAACACUGCCACAACACACUCACCUAUGAUGAUGACAUCAACAACAGUGCCAAUGAUCAAUUUACAUGCCUCUCAUUCAACGAAUCAUUUACCAGUAAUGAUGAUGACGACGACGGGAACCACGUCGACAACAGCAGCAGCAUUGUCGACUCUAUCUCCAUCCACAACAGCUGUACGUGAUAUAAAUUAUCGUAAUAAAAUAACCAAUGAAUUAAAUCAGUUAAUGAAUCCAUCUUUACAAAAUCUCAUGCCAUCAGCAUCGCCAUCAUCAGCAGCAUCAGCAUCAGCGUCGUUGUCGUCUUCGUUUGGUUCAUUGCCACAACUUUCUACACAAUUUAUGUUUAAUGUGAUUACGGAGAUAGUAAUUAAUAAUGGUAUACAUAAACAAAUAGCUAAAGUAGCAAGAAAAUAUUCGGAAUUUUAUGUACUUGAACAAAAACUCAUUGAAUUUCAUGGUUCAUUUAUUACGAAACAAUUACCAAAACGUCAAUUAACACCACGUACAAUGGAAUUUCUUGAAAGUAAAUGUGAUGUAUUUCAAAGUUAUUUACAGAAAGGUCAAUUCUUAGAUGGAUUUCUAUCCACUUACUUCUUAUCAUGUCAUCCACAACCAAUGGAAACAAUUCAAUCAUCAAAAUCUUUAUCCAAUCAUUCUACCAAUGGAAAUGGUAUUCACGCUUCAUCAUCAUCUUCCAAUCCAUUAUUGCUAAAUACUACUACUAAUAAUCAUAUAAAUAGUAGUAGUGGUGAUACAAAUUCAUUAACCAAUCGACUAACAGAUAGAAAUUUUCUACAGAAAUCCACUUCUAAUCAUUUAAAAUUGGAUAGAUAUUCUGUAGAAGAGAAACAUAUUGAUUAUUAUAGUCGAUAUGUGUUCAAUUCACCUCAGCAUAAACAUCCAAGUCGUACAAGCUUGGAUCAUCGUUUACGUUCACGUAUUUAUUGGAAUAAUGCUGGCAUAACAACGUAUGAAAAUUUGAAAGAUACAAUCGUCAGUCCGGUGGAGUCAUCAAAAUUAUCAACAGUUCAUUUAACAAAUUUUGCUGAAAUUGUGUUUUAUUUAUUUGAAAAAUUAAUCACAUUAUCAUUUCAACAUGAAAACAAGAACAAUUCUAAUCCUUCUCAGAAGAUAUCAUCAUCUAAUGGUGAAAACAAAUCCUCCUCAUCAUCAUCACCGUCAUCUGCUUCCUCCUCCUUCUUCCACUCCUCAAAAUCAUCACCCUUUGAAAUCACUAAUUCAUUAAAACAAGAUGAUACUAUACCUAGUCAACAAUCAUUUAUCGAUCCAUGGGAUAUUACUGAUCCAUGUUGGAGUGAAGCACUCCUAAAUGGUCCACCUGUAUCAAAUCUAAUUCCCAACACCAAUAAUAAUGCUAAACAUGAAAGUAACCAUCACCGCACAUCAUCCUCAUCACCAUCAUCAUCAUUAUCACUGUCAUCAAAUGAACCGCGCUCAAAUCACGCGCAAUCCACAUUGAACAUUGAACAAAUUCAAUCAACAAUAAAUGAUACGCAUUGUUUACCAAUCAUAUCAAUUACAAUGCAUGAUUUAUAUCAUGCAUUGAUGGAAUUAUAUGUAUCGAUUAAAAAACAAUGUAAAAUAUAUUUAAAUUAUUUUUUAUUAAAAUUUAAUACAAUUUUAUUUGUAUUAUUUCAAUCAACAAUUAAUUAUUGGUUAAUAAAUUAUACAUUGCGAUUUAUGUAUCAUAAUAUAAUUUCUGAUGAAAAUUUAGCUAAUAUGUUAAAUAAUAUUGAAAAAAAUAUUUUCUCUCAUUCUUCUAAAAAAAUUGAUAUGGACAAGUCGGAACGUAAAGAGAAAGCACGUAUGGCUAUUGAAAAAGCAAUUCUAAAUAUUACUGGUCUAUCAUAUAUUACUGAUAUUGAAUUACUACGUGAUCAACUGAUACGUAUCUUUAAUUGUUUUCAAUAUUGUAAAUGCAAUAAACAAUUGACAUAUAUUUUGUUAGAUCAAUUUCUAUUAGAAUUAUUCCCGGAAUUAAAUUUAACUCAUUCUGAUAAUGAUAACAUUAGUAUAAAUGAUGAUACAUAGAGGUUGAGUUAUGCUAUUCUUGUGAUCAAACUCUAUGUGCACACCUAUCUCUCUGUCUCUCUCUCACACAGACAUGCACAUGCAUAGUUGUACAGAAAAUGUGACUUGCUUUCUUUGGUUGAACUAUGUGUUGUAUAUUAACUCUCUAAUUCAAUUUGCACAUAAUACUACUGUAGUACUCAGCCUACUACUACUACUGCACUUACUAGACAUCUCAUCCACAGACAUAUAUGCUCACAGACACACACACACACCCAAACGUAUAUAUAUGGAUCAUAUAUACCUGUAUACAGAUAGAUAGACAGACAGAGUCAUGAUUUAUCAUUAGUGAUGAUUAUCGUUUUGACUUAACAUUUUGUUUGCUUUGUUUUUUCUCCUCAUAUUUUACUGUAUUGUACUGUACUUUAAUGUACUGUAUUGUACUGUGCUGUACUAUUUGUCUUUCGUUUGUUAAAUGACAUUUAAAAAAAAAAAAGAACGGGUGAUUUCUUGUUUGAUGUUUAUUUGAAUUUGAAUCUGAUUUCAGC